AAUGUAGAUGACCCAGCUGGUAGUUCUGCUCGGACGUCUCUGGUUUGGUUCUGAGCAGAUCGGCCGUGUCCAGCUGUCCAUCAGCCAGACCCAGUGUUUGCUGUCAUGGUUCCGUGAUGUAUUCCCAGAGAAACUCCCACCUUCUUCCCUGUUUUAAUCUUUAAAUGCAAACGUUGUUCAGAGCUGGAGCCGGGAACAUCAGGCUCCCUGAUCUUCUCCACGUGUUUCUGGGCAUAUUUGCUUCCAGUCUGAAGCUGGGAUCCGGUUCGGGAUCAGAGCUUCCUUUGAAGGUUGGUUUGUGAAAACACAGACAUGAUGAUUGAAGCAACCUAAAAACAUGAUGUGAGAACUCCCUGAUGUUACCAGGAGGUUUCAGAGACAGCGCAGUGAUCGAGCAGCAUGGUGCAGGGAUGGACUCCCACGGUCAUGUUGUGGAGCGGUUACGGAGCGCCUUCAGGUCAGGUAUCACCUUACCUGAGGAGUUCCGCCGGACACAGCUCACCCAGCUGCUGUCCAUGCUCAGAGACAACGAGGAGAGGAUCAUAAAAGCGCUGCACCAAGACCUGGCCAAGCCAAAAUUUGAGAGCGCCCUCUCUGAGGUGGACAUCGUGAUCAAUGAGCUUCAUCAUGCCAUCUCCAACAUCACCAGCUGGAUGCAGCCAGAGCAUGUGGCCAAAAACCUGGCCACAAAACUAGAUGACUGUUUUGUCCGGAGGGAACCUUUAGGAGUUGUGCUGAUCAUUGGGCCAUGGAACUACCCACUGCAACUCCUUAUUGUACCACUAGUUGGAGCCAUUGCUGCAGGAAACUGUGCAGUGAUCAAGCCCUCAGAGAUCAGCGCCGCCACUGACUGCCUGGUCGCUGAGCUCAUUCCUAAGUACCUUUCUCAGGACUGUUAUACUGUGGUUCGUGGUGGAUCCGAGCAAACCAAGGCUCUGCUGCAGAAUCGCUUUGACCACAUCUUUUACACCGGAUCCCAAGUUGUGGCCCGCAGCGUUGUGCAGGCAGCCUCUGUUCACCUGACACCAGUAACUUUGGAGCUGGGGGGCAAGUGUCCCUGCUUCAUAUAUGGGCGAAUAAACAUCCAGGCUGCCGCUCACCGUUUGGCCUGGGCAAAGUUCUUUAAUGCUGGCCAGAGCUGCGUGGCUCCAGACUAUGUGCUGUGCACAGAGGCUACCCAGAAAGCCUUGGUGCCUGCCCUGUCCACCGUGCUGGAGGAGUUCUACGGGAAGGAGCCCCAGAAGAGUCCCGACCUGGCCCGCAUCGUGUCUGAUCGGCACUUCGCUCGUCUGAAGAAACUGCUGGAGAGGACCAAAGGGAAGGUUGUUAUUGGAGGACAGAGCGACCAGGACAGUAAAUACAUAGCACCCACAGUGGUGGUGGACGUAGGGGAAGAUGAUGCCCUGAUGUCGGAGGAGAUCUUCGGCCCCAUUCUGCCUAUCCUCACUGUGGAGGAACUGGAGAAGAGCAUGGACUUGGUCAAUCGUAAUGAAAAGCCUCUGGCCAUCUACGUGUUCUCCGACGAGUCCUCUAUUGUGAAGACCGUGAUGAAGAAUACCAGCAGUGGAGGCUUCUGCUCUAAUGAUGGGAUCGUUCAUAUGACCCUGCCCGGUCUGCCUUUUGGAGGUGUCGGGGCCAGCGGCUGGGGCUCCUACCACGGCCGCUGGAGCUUUGAGACGUUCAGUCAUCGGCGGGCCUGCAUGCUGCGAGGCUGGGCUCUGGAGAGACUCAACGGCCUGCGCUAUCCACCUUACACUGAAGACAAGUUGAAAUGGCUGCGUUGGACCACAUCUGCACAGAACAGCUGUUCACUGAUGUGAUCCAGUUUGUGUGGCAGGGCUCAUUCCGCUGUAUCUGAACAUGGAGCAGUCUACUCUGGGUCUGCCAGCUUUCUGAUGGCCAUAAUGUUCCACCUCACCUAUAGGUGGCUGAGUGAAGGUUCAAAUCCGGUAACUGGGUGAGUGCCGAUUUAGGGCAUCGCCUUCAUUUGUAACAGCUGGAGAGUGGUGGGUUAAAGACUAGAUUGCAUCUGUGUAAAUUCCUUUAAAGGCAGCGUGAUGAAGAUAGAUGUGAGAAUUGGAGAAAAAUAGAAACUUUUUACACUAAACUAAUAUAGGAGGAAAAUAAAAUGUUAGUUUUGCAACAUUU